UUUUAACACUGAAACGUCUAAACCAAUUAAUUGUAAAAUUUUAGAUAAAUUAAAAUGUCGUUUUUGGAAUCCUCUAAAACAUCUGGAAUUUCGAGAAAUCUGGACAGUUCUCACGGUUGUGAUUUUUGUGCGUACUCUACAACCUCGUUUUGUCUUAUGAAAGGCCACGUCAGACGCUAUCAUGUAUUAUCGUCACCGUUUAACUGCGAACACACCAACCUCGAAUGUUACAAGUGCAAGAACUGCCAUUUCCAGACAGAAUUGCUACUUCUUUUCAAACAACAUGUUAAUCAAUGUGGUAGUUUUAAGAAAGAAAAGGAAGACAAUUUUACGUGUGAAGAAUACACCAUACAAAACUAUAUUUGUGAAGAGUGUAAUUUUGAAACACAUUUUGUGGUUAAAUGGAUUCAACAUAUUGCAUUUUGUUUAAAAAACGUGGGAAAGCCUCCAACAGUAAGUGAAAAUGUUGAUAAAAGUUUGUCUGUGUGGUAUAGCUGUGAUCAGUGUGAACUCAAGUAUAAAUGUAAAAGAUCUUUAAACAUGCACAAAAUUUCAAAACACUUGAGUGACAAUGAAAUACUUUGGUAUUACUGUGCAGAGUGUUCAUAUAGAGCCAAGCUAAAGGGUAAUUUAAAGUUUCAUAUAAACAUGCGGCACAUGCAUGAAGAUGCCGUUAAAUGGUACCAAUGCCAAAAGUGUCCAUAUAAAACUAGAAAAGCUUUCAAUUUACAAAAACACCAACCUGUGCAUCACAAAAUACAAAAUAUUAAAUGGCAUGAAUGCCAAAACUGCUCAUUUAAAACCAGGUUUAAGUCAGUUUUAAAUAGCCACAUAAAUGCUGACCAUCCAGAAAAAACGAGCUUUAAGUGGUAUGAAUGCAAACAAUGUACAUUUAAAAGUAAAUACAGGUGUAGUUUAAAAAGUCACACAAAUUCACACCAUUCAGAAGUACAAGAUAUUAAAUGGUAUGAAUGCCAAAAGUGCGCAUAUAAAACUAAAUAUAAAGCUAGUUUAAAAAGUCACGUGAAUGUUCGCCACUUAGAUGAACAAAAUGCCAAAUGGUAUGAAUGCAAAAAAUGUCCUUACAAAGCUAAACUUAGAGAAUUAUUAUACCAACACAUAAACGCGCACCAUUCAGACAAAAACGAUGUUAAAUGGUACGAGUGCAAACUUUGUUCAUACCGAACGAUAUAUAGAACGUCAUUACGGAAUCACAACAAUUCGCACCAUCUGGACGAUAAAGAUAUUAAAUGGUAUGAGUGCAAAAUAUGCCAAUUUAAGAGUAAACGAAAAGGGGAUCUAAAGCAGCACGUAGACACGCUUCAUUCAAACGAAGCCAAUACAAAAUGGCACGAGUGCAGUAAAUGCGAAUUCAAAACUAAAUACAAAUCUAGUUUAAUGGCACACAUAAAUGCGCACCACUUAGAUGCACAAGAUAUUAAAUGGUAUGAGUGCGAAAAGUGCCCAUACAAAGCUAAACUUAAAUCUAGCUUAAAAAGUCACGUGAAUGUUUGGCACUUGGAUGACGAAAACGCUAAAUGGCAUGAAUGCGAUUUGUGCCCGUACAAAGCUAAACAUAAAUCUAGCUUGAAACUUCACGUGAAUGUUCGGCACUUGGAUGAACAAAAUGCCAAAUGGUAUGAAUGCGAAAAAUGUCCAUAUAGAGCUAAACGUAGAGCGUUGUUAAACCAACACGUAAACGCGCACCAUUUGGAUAAAAAAGAUGUUAAAUGGUAUGAGUGCAAGCUUUGUCCAUACAGAACGGUGUAUAGAGGGUCGUUACGAUAUCACAACAAUGCGCGCCAUUUGGACGAUAAGGACGUUAAAUGGCACGAAUGCGAAGAGUGUACAUACAAGUGUAAGCGAAAAUGGGUUCUAAAGCAGCACAUUGACGCGAUUCACUCGAAUAGAGAGAACACUAAAUGGUAUGAGUGCAGUAAAUGUGAAUUCAAAACUAAAUAUAGAUCGAAUUUAAUUACACACGUAAAUGGACGCCAUUAG